CUUCUUCACUUCAUCGCACGAGCUACUCGAUUGCUCCUUUUCUUAACAAUAUUCUUUGUGCAAAAAGGAGCUGGUGUGAAACAUCAUGGCCGCGAAUGGGCAUUCCGACCUGGAGAAGCAGAGGCUGCUCCUGCACGACCACGAGGAGAAGCACUUCACGUCGAGCGAGGUCGUCCGCGACAUCAUCAUCGGCGUCUCCGACGGCCUCACCGUCCCUUUCGCCCUCGCCGCCGGCCUCUCCGGGGCCGACGUCACAUCCUCCAUCAUUCUGAUCGCCGGUGUCGCCGAGGUCGCGGCCGGUGCGAUUUCCAUGGGACUCGGAGGGUAUCUGGCAGCCAAAAGCGAGGCUGACCACUACUAUAGAGAACUAAAGAGAGAACAAGAAGAGGUCAUUAGGGUGCCGGAUAUAGAGGCCGCUGAGAUCGCGGAAAUAUUGGCACAAUACGGGGUCGAACCCCACGAGUACGAGCCCGUCGUGAAUGCCCUGAGGAGGAACCCUCAAGCAUGGGUCGAUUUCAUGAUGAAGUUUGAACUAGGACUAGAGAAGCCAGACCCCAUGAGAGCCCUGCAGAGCGCGGGGACCAUUGCCUUGUCGUAUGUGCUCGGCGGUAUGGUGCCGCUAAUGCCGUACAUGGCAAUUCCGAUCGCCGACAAGGCCGUGCUCGCCUCCGUCGGGAUCACGCUCGCUGCGCUGCUCGUCUUCGGCUUCGUCAAGGGCCAUUUCACCGGCGACCGGCCGUUCCGGAGUGCCCUCCAGACCGCCCUCAUCGGCGCCAUCGCAUCUGCGGCCGCCUAUUCCAUUGCCAAGCUCUUCAGGACUUGACCUCAUGUC